CGGUGCCGGGGCCUGGCUCCGGGCCGUGGCGCUGGGAGGGCGGAGACGGGGGCUCCGGGCCGGAGCGAGGGCUUGUCAAAUUCGCGGCUGAGCUCAAGCUGCGAGGGCGGCAAACCCCGGACUCCAGACGCGGUCAGAGCGACGCACUAGGGAACGGAUCUAAAAUCAAUGGGAUGAAACUGAUGAGUAAUGACAGGUGCCAACGAGCGCCCUGGCGAGGGACCCCCAGCCCAGCCCCAAAUCGGCGCUAGCGGGCCGCGCGCAGCCCUGCGGAACAGGCUCUGAGGGGCUAGUGCAUCACAAACGGACCCUGAGGCCACCCUGAGGCUGUUGCCAUGGAAAAAGCAACUGUCAUGUUAGAAGAUGUCCGGUGGCGGACAGCCAGCCGAAGCUGGAGAAGCACGUCCAGCUCCCGGCACAUGAGCACAUCUGCGGCAGAGCCUCCCUCCAUUUCCCUGCCAGCUCAGGCACAGGUGGUAAUCUGUGGUGGUGGAAUUGUGGGCACAUCCGUUGCAUAUCACCUCUCCAAGCUAGGAUGGAAGGAUAUCGUCUUACUGGAACAGGGCAGGCUGGCUGCUGGCUCCACUCGAUUCUGUGCUGGCAUUGUGAGCACAGUCAGGCACUUGUCCAUAGAGCUGAAGAUGGCUGACUAUUCAAACAAGCUGUAUCAGCAGUUAGAACAAGAGACCGGAAUCAAAACAGGUUACGUGAAGACAGGCUCUAUCUCACUGGCUCAGACUCAGGAUCGACUGAUCUCCCUGAAACGCAUUGCCUCAAGGCUCAGUGUAAUGGGGAUACCUUGUGAAAUCAUGGCUCCAAAACAAGUGGCACAACUACACCCACUAAUCAACAUUCAUGACCUGGUGGGUGCCAUGUAUGUGCCAGAGGACGCAGUCGUAUCAUCUGUCGAUGUGAGUCUUGCUCUGGCAAAUGCUGCCUCUCGAAAUGGUGUCCAGAUCCAUGAGCGGACAAGCAUCAGCCAUGUCAUGGUCCAAAAGGGUUGCGUGACUGGAGUGGAGACUGACAGAGGACAGAUUGAAUGCCAGUAUUUUGUCAACUGUGCUGGGCAGUGGGCCUACGAGCUGGGUCUCUCCAAUGAGGAGCCGGUCAGUAUCCCACUGCAUGGCUGUGAGCACUUCUACCUCUUGACACGUCCCUUGAAGAAGCCACUAGAGAGCAACACACCAACUAUCGUGGACCCAGACGGCAGGAUCUAUAUCCGCAGUUGGCAAGGUGGCAUCCUCUCAGGGGGCUUUGAGAAGAACCCCAAGCCCAUUUUUACUGAGGGCCGAAACCAGCUGGAGAUUCAGAAUCUGCAUGAGGACUGGGAUCACUUUGAGCCACUGCUGAGUUCUCUUCUGCGGAGGAUGCCAGGGUUGGAGGCUCUGGAGAUCAUGCAGUUAGUGAACUGCCCAGAAUCCUUCACUCCAGAUAUGCGGUGCAUCCUGGGAGAGUCACCCACGGUACAGGGCUACUUUGUCCUGGCUGGCAUGAACUCCGCUGGCACCUCUUUUGGUGGAGGAGCAGGCAGGUACUUGGCUGAGUGGAUGGUAAAUGGUUGCCCAUCAGAAAAUGUUUGGCCACUGGACCUGAAGCGCUUUGGUGCCCUUCAGAGCAGUCGCACCUUCCUCCGUCACCGUGUCAUGGAAGUAAUGCCCCUGAUCUAUGAUCUGAAGGUUCCCCGUUGGGAUUUCCAGACUGGCAGGCAGUUGCGUACUUCCCCUCUCUAUGAUCGCCUGGAUGCUCAGGGAGCCAGAUGGAUGGAGAAGCAUGGAUUCGAGAGACCCAAGUACUUUGUCCCGCCAGGGAAAGAUCUAUUGUCAUUGGAUCAGAGCAAGACCUUCUACAAACCAGAUUGGUUUGACAUUGUGGGGUCAGAGGUCAAGUGCUGUAAGGAGGCUGUGUGUGUAAUUGAUAUGUCAUCUUUUACCAAGUUUGAAAUAAGCUCCACAGGGGAUCAGGCACUGGAGGUUCUGCAGUAUCUCUUCUCGAAUGACCUGGAUGUGCCAGUUGGGCACAUUGUGCACACAGGCAUGCUCAAUGAAGAAGGAGGGUAUGAGAAUGACUGCAGCAUUGCACGAUUAAACAAGCGCAGUUUCUUCAUGAUUUCUCCUACUGACCAGCAAGUCCACUGCUGGGCCUGGCUCAAAAAGCAUAUGCCUAAUGACAGUAACUUGCUCUUGGAGGAUGUGACCUGGAAGUAUACCGCUCUCAAUCUGAUUGGCCCUCGUGCAGUGGACGUGCUGUCAGAAUUAUCCUAUGUCCCGAUGACACCAGAACACUUCCCCUCUCUCUUUUGCAAGGAAAUGAGCGUGGGGUAUGCUAAUGGGAUCCGUGUGAUGAGCAUGACACACACAGGAGAACCUGGAUUCAUGCUAUACAUCCCUAUAGAGUAUGCUCUGCAUGUGUACAAUGAGUUGAUGAGCAUGGGACAGAAGUACGGGAUCCGGAAUGCUGGCUAUUACGCACUUCGCAGCUUACGCAUUGAAAAGUUCUUUGCGUUCUGGGGCCAGGAUCUGGACACUUUCACCACCCCUUUGGAAUGUGGACGCGAGUUCCGGGUGAAACUGGACAAGGGGACUGAUUUCAUAGGCCGGGAUGCACUGAUGCAGCAGAAGCAGGACGGUGUGUGCAAGCGCUUCACCAUGUUCAUUCUGGAGGAUCAUGACACAGACCUUGAUCUCUGGCCCUGGUGGGGGGAGCCCAUUUACCGCAAUGGCCACUACGUGGGCAAGACCACCAGCAGUGCUUACAGCUACACCCUGGAGCGCCAUGUCUGCCUGGGCUUUGUGCAGAACUUGGACGAGGAAACCAGGGAGGCGUUGGUGGUGACACCCGACUUCAUUAACCGGGGCGAGUAUGAGAUUGACAUUGCUGGGCAGCGCUUCCAGGCUAAGGCCAAGCUCUACCCAUUCAGCUCCCUCUUCACACAGCGUCGCCGCAAGGACGAGAUGGAAUUGAGUGGCUACCAUGGGAAGUAGAGCCACCUGGCCCCACCCCUUCUCCAUAACUGGAGUCUCUGUCACCAUCCUCCUCUCCUUCCCCACAAUCUCCCUCAUUCUUCAGCCCAUACGGUUCCACUUCCUCUUCCCCCUGCUCUUUUCAUUUUUAAACUUAUUGGGUGUGUGACAUUUUGUACAUUGUAGAAAUAAUUUUUCAAACCCUUCCACCCCCUCAUCCAGUCUCUCUCUCUCGCCCCCUUAUGCCUUCCCAUGCCAUGUUCCCACAUCUCACUUCCCCCGUGGCAGCAGCAUGGUGUUGAGUGUACGUCCGAAAGUCCAUAUGAGAGCAAGCACCUCCAGAAACCCUAGGCUGUACCCCAAUGGCUGUUGAGAGGGGUGCAAGUGAAGUCUUGAGGACUGUACCCCUCCCAUUCCCCUGCUCCCUACAGCCUAGAACAGUAGGUGUUUGCUGGCCUGUAGCUCUGUUUUCCUGUCCCCUGGCUAAACCCUUUGGUGUAACCUCACCUGCUGGUUGCAAUGGAGAGACCAGACCUACCAUAGGGUGCACACCGGGCCAGCUUAAGAGGUUCCUUCUUGCAAGCCAGUUCCUCUGAGAUCCUCCAGUCCACAAUUCAGAGGGGUCAGUGCAUUGAUGCACAGAGCAAUAGAACAAUCGCUACCUCACUGGCACCACACAAGACGCAACAACAACGUUGUGUGACCAGCGGCAAACGGGCAGGUUUUGUUGGGUUUCAGGCCAUCGCUGCCCUCCUCUUUUUCCCUUCCAGGGUGUGAGUCUAAGAGGCUUGAUCGUGAGGCUGUGCAACUGACAAAAUAGCGCUGAUAAGUUUCCUCUUCUGUGUUGGGUCACUGAAAGGGAAUGGCUUUCUCUGAGUAAAUGAAGAUCAACAUGUGUGCUUCACUCCUACAAGGGGACAGAACUUUGUAUUUUUAUUCUCAGUGAAAAUGUCUGUCUCCAACAAGAACCGAGACACUAGACUCUUGGUUACUUAUGGCACUAUUGCAAUGCUGCUUUUGUUUCAGCUGCAAAGUGGAUUCUCCGUGGAUUCUCCUCAUUUCUCCUUUGUUUUGCUUCGUGUGUUUGAGCAAGCACACUUGUCUGCCUUACACACCAAGCAUUAGAGUUGGCUGUGAGGAUUGUGUUUGGGAAACUAGAGCCGCGGAAGGGAUGGAGUCUUGCAUUUUCAACCAGCAGCCUUGGAGUAACAUGCUGCUGGCCACUUGGAGAUUAGAGUUGAGGUCCCAGUUUGGUUCCUUGAACCUAUGGUGCUCUGAGUGCUGCAGAGGCAAAACACUAUGCUCCUGGUAAGGGUGCCCAUUGGCCCAUAGCAUGUUUCCUGCCCUUCUCAUCAGAUCUGUUGCAUUUCUGUCUUCCCCGUCACAAUAUUACCUGGUUGAAGGUAGUUGAUUCACUAUGCAGGACCCUGCGGUUAGAAGAGAAAGUGAGUAAGGAUCUUUGAAUUGUCUUGCCUCAGCAGAAUUUCUCUGCACAGUCGUCAUGCAGAAACUCACACAGACACUCCAGACUACAGAGCGGGGAUGCACCCACUCUGAAGCUGACAGCUCUGCACUGAUGACAAAUAGUUAUAAUGGAAUGAGAAAGAAAGUAGAUGAAGAAUGCUAAAUUAUAUCCUAUGGAUUUGUUUCUUAAAUUCUUCUUCCUCCCAUUGUCAGCUAGAUCAUAGUAAUGCAUUUUCUCGUCCCUUAUUUAAAAUUAUCCAUUAAAACAUCUCCAAUAAACCCACCCACCACACACACACGCUCUCUCUUCUGGUUCCUCCACUCUGUGGUUCUCAGCAGCCCUUCCACCAAAGCCAGCAUCUUUCUGUCUAGGAAGUAGCACCAUUUGAGAUUGAUGUCUGUGAUCACUGAGCUAGCUGAAUUGUUUGUCUUUGAGCCAGAAUUUUACUUUGCUUUGGCACUCACUUUUCCUGUCAUUGGGUGAGCGUCAGUAAUGUUACAUUUGAGUACAGCACUACUCAAGACCUGGCUUGGAUUCCUGUCCUUUGAAGUUUUUCUCCUUUCCUGGCUUCCAUCAAGUUUUUGUCCUGCUAGUGUAGAAGUGGUAAUGUCCCAGACCUUGCCUCCCAUACACUGGAAGCUGGCUUUUUACUGCUGCUGCUGGGGGUAGGAAGAGCAGGGAAGGUGGGAGACUGACACAUUUUAAUUGUAAAGAACUGGUUGCCAGAGGAGGCUUCCCAAAUGGUAAAGAGCUGUGCAGUUUUCACAGCUUUUGGGAGUGGAGCACUGGAAAGGGCAUGGACUAGAGAAGGAAUUGGGGACUCAAAUGACAGCACUUCUUGGCAGGGUCUCUGUUGGCAGGCAGGAGGCAACACGGAGUGGGGUCUGCAUUGUGGUGUAGGACAUGGAUACACUUGCUGUGGAUGGCUGUUUUCUUCCUGCAGUGGCCCUCUGUGCUGAAUAUGGCUUCCUUUGUAAAUGGCAGUUAAUACUAUUCUAAAAGAAUAAUAAUAAUAAUGUCGUCUCCUUCAGGAUCCCAAAGUGACUUUCAAGCUUAUUCACAUGAAUGACUUCCCUCAUGACUUGAAAUGCAACCACAGUUGGGGUGGAACAUCACAGCCAUUUGACAGGACACAGAAGCAGUACUGGGCAUAAUAGUUUGCUUGUGGAGGGAAUAUUGUACUGGUUAAUACUGUUUAGCUAAAAUUACUCUAGCAGUGUUAUCACCUGAAUUGGAAUUUGGCCAGCGUACCAGGGCUAGCACCCCAGUUUUAACUAAAUGUGCUAUAAGGUCUGUCAUGAUAAAGUGAGCAGGGUCUUUGUUUUACAGCCACUCCAUAACGUUUACAUCUCCCAAGCUGGGGCAUUUGUUCAGUACUGAUUCAGAAGAACGCCACCUAGUAAAUCCACUAAUACAGCUUUCUGCAGCACACGUGGUUCUCCUUGGAGGUCUCCUACAAAGUACUGAUCAUCCUGACCUGUCUUGCAUUAUCUGGCUCAUUGCUGUGUCUUUGUUAUAUAGAGACCUGGCUGAUGACCCACAGAAGGAGGUUAUUACUUAGUACCCGGCAAGGUUAAAGAAAACUUCUCAGCCUCCCCUUACUAUAUAGCACCAGGGCACUUCUGCAGUGGAACGCAUCAGUCACUUUACACAGUCAGUGCUACAUAACAGUUUAGGAGGGAAAGUGAAAAAUCUUUUAUACCACAGUGGAGAAUUGUGGGUAGACUGAGUAUAACUAUCUGAGUUUGAAUUGGACCAGGACACUCUUCACUUUCUUAGGAGGAGUGUUAUAGUGUGGAACUUCUAAAUACCACAAUUGGUCAGGAGCACAAAAAAAUCCACCAUCUAUUAGUCUCACAGCAAUAAGGAAUCCCUGAAGAAGAGCAUUUUUUAAAAUAGCUUCCCAAUCCCAAAGUGGUCCAUACCUAGGAAGAUAAACUUGUCUGCGUAGCAUGCGUGACCUUUGCCCUUUUGCAGAGUUAAUAGCUCCCUUUCUGUCCAGGUCUAUUUAACCCUGAAGUACCCACAUAUGGUAAUGGUGCCACACAGGUAUGGUGUUAUUUCAUCCAUGUCUGUCUCUUCCUGCUGGGAUGGCUAAGUGUUAGCCUCUGUGCCUGUACUCUUUGAAGUCUAGCCUUUUCCUUGGUAGAUUUUUUUUCCCUUUGUGCUGCUGACGAAUACUUUGACUUUGGCAACUUGAGUGCUUGCCAGCGGACAGUCACAUGAUGGAUUGUGAAAUACCGUACUAGGCACCGGGGUCAUGCGAGGAGCUUCUACCUUUUCCAUAAUGCUUUCAUACCUUGAAAGGGGGACUGCGAUGUAAAGAUUCUACCUAUUGUAUCUAAUUACAAAGAAUAAAGUGCAUAAGGGAGAAAAAAAUAACAAGUUUGGAAGCUGCCAUCUUGGCUUUGAUGAAAAGUAAGACUGAAAACAACUCCUCAUUAAAAAGCAAUGAGAAUCUGAGCUUCGGAGAUGUUGUAACACACAGUUCCAGUGCUGUCUGAUGAAGUUGGCAUUUUCAGUCCUCCUUGACACCACAAGACUGGAAAAAAAUGAAGGGUACCUUCUUCAUAUUCAUUCUCCCCCUCUUCCCCUCCCCAUAACACAUACAGCUGUGGAUCACACUUCUGGAGAUACUUCCAUCCCUAGAUUUCUGGGGCUGUCCCUUGGUGCUCUGCAAAGCUGGCUGCUCUUUCAGGAUUUCCUUUGGGAACCCUCUUCACCCCAGGACCCUGAUCCUCUCUCUCUUCUCUAUCACUCUCCUCUUUGGCUGAGCUCAUUGGCUAUACCAUGGUCUAUUGCAUCACUUCAGUGCUGAUGACUCUCAAUCUACCUCUGCCCAGUACCUCCUCCAGGAUGUCUAGCCAUCUCCUCAAACUUAACAUGACUAAGUCUGCUCUUUACCUCUCCUUUUCCAUCUCCCUUCCCCCCUUUUCACAUAACACUCUCCUCCCACCCACCCCAGCUCACAGCCUCUACUAUCUUUGAUUGCUCUGUUUUCCUGCUGUUCUCUCAUCCAAAUUGUCACCAAGUCCAGUUGCUUUUCCCUUUGUGACGCAUCUUCAUUCCUCCCUGCACUGCCAAAAUCCUGGUUCAUGCCUUGUUCUCUGUGACUACUGUAAGCGCCUACUCCUUUUCAAUCUAUCCACAGUGCUUCCUUUCCUAAACUCCAACCAAGUCCACCCCACAUCCCUUUAUUGGUCUUUCUGCAUCAAGUUCAAACUCCUCAGCUUCAAGAUGCUACACGACUCUGCCCCUACCUGCACCCCAUCCUGCCCUCUGCCCUCUCUCUUUUUUUAAUCCUCCCUUUGCCUCCUCCCAAUCCUUCCUUCAUGCUGUUUCUCAUGCUGCCCACACCCUGCAUGUCUGCAGUGACUUUCCUUUGUCAGUGGCACACAGCAUCCCUCUGCAUUCAGAUCCCUGCUUUCACUCCAGCUAUCUCAGCUGGUUUUCCAUCCACCAUGUGUUUUUUAUUUUCCCUACUCUGUUCUCAGAUGUAACAUUCUGAUUUUCCAAGAUUCACUCUCGACAUUUCACCCUUGUUCAUUCCUCCCUCCCCAACCUGUUGUGAUUUCCAGAGUUCAUCUUAAUAGUUGAUGAGGUCUCUCGGCCUAGGGAGCAUGUCUGUUUUCUGUGAGGCUCCAUGCAGAUUUGCGGUACUAGAUGCCCACUGAAUAAUAAUGACUAAUGCAGACAUUCACUUUCCACCAUAAACUUCUCUCCAUUGCCUCUCCUUUUACUAGAAGGAAGUCAGUCCAAAUCAGAGGUUGUGAUGGAACUGCUUGCGUAUGCAGAGCUUGGAUUACCGGUCUCAUUAAAAGGCAAAUUCAUGCAAGCGGUGCCUAAUUCUAAAGAGGUAACAUCAACAUCUGUAAGCC